UAUUCUUCUCUCAUAUCCACACGUUGCGCAAUGCCAUAUGUUGUUGAGCCCAGAAUGUCGUGGACAUCACAAAUGAUGAUAAAAACUGCGCAGAAAUUUGUACUCUACCAUAGGUUUCAAUGUUCCUCAAUCAUUCGUAGGUGACUUCUGAGAGCUUCAGUGACUGCAAUAGUCAGGAAUAAAGCUAUUCGUACGAAACAUCAUCGACAUCACACAUAAUUUGUAUUCACUUACACUGUUCUUUAUAAAGAUGGAAACUCAGUCCAACUACUAACCACUCCGCUCCACCGAUCGACACUUCAAACCACCAGGAAGUCUCAUAUAAUCCCCAACUACCAGCUGAGACAUAAUGUACAACAACCGCAGGAGAAGGAGCUCCCGACGAGAGAAUCGCGAUGAAAAUCGCAAUGCUCGCAAUGAAACCCGGGAUCACCGAGACCAAAACCGUGAUGCUGGCAACGAUAGUAGACAACAGCCCGCUCGGGACCUCCCACGACUGACAUUAGGCAACUCUUACCAGAAGCCUCGCCCUUCCGAAGAUGAUCUGUCCAGUCCAGAAUUAAGUCCCCGCCGUCGCUACUCAAAUUACAGCCCUCCAUCACCCGGCCCAUCACGCAACCCAAGGGCAAUUGGUCGCUCUAACCAAAACUCCUCGCGUUAUCCCGGCGGUCCUAGCCGUAAUCGAGGUACAAAUAUCCAGGCUAGCCAUCCGCCUAUUGGCACUACGGUGACGUUCACACCGGCUAUGAUGUCUCGGCUGCCGCAGGCUAUGGCAAAUUGUCCAGCGGGCUUCAUGUGGGUCAAGAUCCAUGGCGGGUAUCGCUGCCAAGGGGGUUCACAUUGGCUCUCGGAUCGAGAGAUGGAGCAGUAUCAGCAGGACCCGAUGUUUUGGGGAGGUCGCCCUCCAGUUGGGUUCCGACAGCAGUGGUGGUAG